AUGAUGGCGAUUAUCAUAUUAAAUCGACGAAUUGCCCAAUGUUUUUGUGCUUGCUCUCAGGAUGCUGCUGUUGAUGCUCCAUUGUCGUUGGAAAGUGCUCUCGUUGGUCCCAUCUGUUUUGGAGUUCUACAACCCGGUGAACGAUGUGAAGGACGUUCCAGAAUGUGUUCACAUAAGCUCGAAUACUGUGGACUGGUUAUUACUGGAGAGAUAAGACGAGGUCGCGAAGACUGUCGGCACGUAAAUGAGGGCUAG